AUGGGAAAGAAACUGAGCGAGGAUGUCAUCGUGUCCGACAGCGAUGAGUCGAUGGAAGAUGCACCAGAGACGACCAGUGUGAACACAAAGAAUAAUGCCAAAGUUUCCUAUAAUCAAGGCGCAUCACACUCAAGCUCCGAAAGCUCAGACGAAGUGAGCUCCGAAAUACAAAACACCGAAUUUUCAAAGAAGAGAAGAUUCGUACCGCCCUCCGGUUUCAGACCUUCCACAACGAAAUCUCGACCUUCAGCAGCUAUAUCAUCUGCCCUUUCGAAUCUCGAGGAUAAACAAGUUUUCCAUAUUACAGCACCGUCAUCUCUACCCUUAUCAGAAAUAAAACAAAUCGCAUUCGGGAAAGCGACGUCGGGAGAACCAAUUCUGUCACAUCAAGGUGUAGAUUACGGUCUCGUGGAAACCACCAGGCAACAGAAGCAGAGCUCCGAGACGUUGCUAGUCUACGACGAAAAAUCGAACACAUAUUUGCGCAAGCCCGAAUUGAGGAAAAUUGAAAGCUACAGCAUUCAAGAAAUCGUGCGAUUACCUGAAAUGGAUACGCUAGUGCCGUCGUCACGAGGCACAACUAAGAAGCAACCCGCCGCUCGGCCACAACCCAAACAUCUCAAAAUGCGCUUUCAUCCCGUUGGAAGCACGACCCUUCCUCCAGAGACUGUAGGCUCGAGCUCCGAGUCCGAGGCUGACGAACCUACAUUCCGUGCUCCCGUAACAAGCUCGAAGAAGCAAGCUGAGAAAGAACACAAGAGAAAGGCAAAUGAGCAAAACAAUACCGAGGAAAAAGCGAAGAAGUCCAAAAAGGACAAAACUCAUUCGUCUCGGGCAGAAUCGCAACCCGAGAGUCGACGGGACAAGGAGAAGAAGUCGUCAAAGCAUCGGGAUGAGACGAGUCAAGAGCGAAGAGCUCGGAAAGAGGAAAAGAAGAAGCGCAAGGCGGAGAAGGCUAAUAAAUGA